CAUCUCUCCUUGCACCAUUUUUCGAAUUUUGCUAACAUUUUUCUCUGCAGACGUUUCAAACCCUAAACCCUACCUUCUUUUCAGAUCCAAGAAAUGGGCGAAAACGAGAUAAAGGAUAAUGAUGCUUACGAGGAAGAGCUUCUCGACUACGAGGAAGAGGACGAGAAGGCCCCUGAUUCCGCUGGCGUUAAAGUCAACGGCGAAGCCGUUAAGAAAGGCUAUGUAGGAAUUCACAGUUCAGGAUUCAGAGAUUUUCUUUUGAAGCCAGAGCUACUCCGUGCUAUUGUGGAUUCAGGAUUUGAACAUCCUUCUGAAGUGCAACACGAGUGCAUUCCUCAAGCUAUUUUGGGAAUGGAUGUCAUUUGCCAAGCGAAGUCUGGUAUGGGAAAAACUGCCGUGUUUGUCUUGUCCACACUGCAGCAAAUUGAGCCUGUGGCUGGUCAAGUAGCCGCCCUUGUUUUAUGUCACACAAGGGAAUUAGCUUAUCAGAUCUGCCACGAAUUUGAACGAUUCAGCACUUAUUUAACUGAUAUCAAGGUUGCGGUCUUCUAUGGUGGUGUUAACAUUAAAAUUCACAAGGAACUUCUUAAAAAUGAAUGCCCUCAUAUUGUUGUUGGAACGCCGGGACGGAUUCUUGCCCUUGCCAGAGAUAAAGACCUUGCAUUGAGGAGUGUGAGGCAUUUUAUACUCGACGAGUGUGACAAGAUGCUUGAGUCACUUGACAUGAGGAGAGAUGUUCAAGAAAUUUUCAAGAUGACUCCUCAUGAUAAACAAGUAAUGAUGUUUUCGGCAACACUGAGCAAGGAGAUUCGUCCUGUCUGCAAAAAGUUUAUGCAAGAUCCAAUGGAAAUUUAUGUGGAUGAUGAAGCCAAGUUGACCCUACAUGGUCUUGUACAGCACUACAUCAAAUUGAGUGAGCUGGAGAAGAACCGUAAGCUGAAUGACCUGCUCGAUGCAUUAGAUUUCAAUCAAGUUGUGAUAUUCGUCAAAAGUGUAAGCAGGGCAGCUGAGCUGAACAAAUUGCUUGUGGAAUGCAAUUUUCCAUCAAUCUGCAUUCACUCUGGCAUGUCCCAGGAAGAAAGGUUGACACGCUACAAGGGUUUCAAGGAAGGGCACAAGAGAAUCUUGGUGGCAACAGAUUUAGUUGGGAGGGGUAUCGAUAUUGAACGAGUAAACAUUGUCAUAAACUAUGAUAUGCCAGAUUCUGCUGACACCUAUCUCCAUCGUGUUGGGAGAGCUGGAAGGUUUGGAACCAAAGGUCUUGCGAUCACAUUUGUGUCAUCUGCAGCUGACUCAGAUGUUCUUAACCAGGUUCAGGAGAGAUUUGAGGUUGAUAUUAAGGAGCUUCCUGAGCAGAUCGAUACUUCAACAUAUAUGCCUUCGUAGGAGUAUUGAAGCGAGGUUUUAGCCAAGCAAUGAACGAGUAUGGGAAUGGGAUGACCAUCAUGCUUAUUAUAAAUGAUUUGAAGGAGAGGAGAUGGUCUGCUUUUCUUGGAUACUAUACUUGUUUUUAGUUUUGUAACAUCUAUAAACUUGUCAUUGGAAGGUCAGGUAGACUUUGUUUCUCUACAUCUGAUGAUGUUUUAAUUAGAUUAUAUUCGUAUUUUCCAGAGGUUUUUAUAACAUAGCAUCACUGCCGGUCCAUUGAUACAAACUCAUUUCUUGAUU